CCCCUGUAAAGUUCCCCCCGAGCACCUGACCGCCCAUCAAAUUUACCUCCUCCGCCCUAGGAUUUAUAAGUUUUCAUCGCCAUCUAGCUCGAACACGAAGAGGAAAAGAAACCGAGCGAGAGAAACCCUAAUAGGGGUCGCCGGAGGGACCGCCAUGGAUAUGUCGGCAGCGAUAGCGCGGCAGACGUGGGAGCUGGAGAAUAACAUCGUGGCGAUGGAGGCGGGGGUGCCGGACGCGGACGCGAUCUACUACUACGACGAGGCGGCGCAGGCCAAGUUCCAGCAGGAAAAGCCGUGGGCGCACGACCCCAACUUCUUCCGGCGGGUGAGGAUCUCGGCGCUGGCCCUUCUCAAGAUGGUGGUCCACGCCCGCUCCGGCGGCACCAUCGAGGUCAUGGGCCUCAUGCAGGGGAAGACCGACGGCGACACCAUCGUCGUCAUGGACGCCUUCGCCCUCCCCGUCGAGGGCACUGAGACCCGCGUUAACGCCCAGGCCGACGCCUACGAGUACAUGGUCGACUAUUCUCAGACAAAUAAGCAGGCAGGAAGAUUGGAGAAUGUAGUUGGGUGGUACCACUCGCACCCUGGAUAUGGGUGUUGGCUGUCGGGUAUCGAUGUAUCUACUCAGAUGCUUAAUCAGCAGUUUCAAGAACCAUUCCUGGCUGUUGUGAUUGAUCCCACCAGGACUGUUUCGGCUGGGAAGGUGGAAAUUGGUGCAUUCAGGACAUAUCCGCAGGGGUACAAACCGCUUGAUGAACCUGUAUCAGAAUAUCAGACCAUCCCACUUAACAAGAUUGAAGAUUUUGGGGUUCACUGCAAACAGUACUAUGCAUUGGAUAUAACCUAUUUCAAGUCUUCUUUGGACUGCCACCUGUUGGAUCUUCUAUGGAAUAAAUACUGGGUGAACACGCUAUCUUCAUCCCCACUCUUAGGCAACCGAGACUAUGUUGCAGGGCAAAUUUCUGAUUUGGCGGAAAAACUGGAGCAUGCUGAAAAUCAGUUGGCUCAUACACGAUUGGGUUCUUUUCUUUUGCCCUCGCAACGAAAGGAGAAUGAGGAAUCUCAGCUGGCAAAGACAACUCGGGAUAGCUCAAAAAUUACUGUUGAGCAGGUGCAUGGUCUCAUGUCACAGGUUAUUAAGGACAUCCUCUUCAACACCGUCCGUCACUCUAGCAGUACAUCCCCAAGCCUUUCAGACUCUUCUGGCCCCGAACCUAUGGUGGAAGCAUGAAGGGUGCCGACAACAGCACAGGGGUUUCCAAUUUUUGACACCUUCAUGCCGCCGCCUAAGAAAUGUGGCAUCCAGGCCAAGCCCGUUAUUUGUUAAUACUUGCCCCCUUGGAUAUGCCAAGUAGCUGCUUCUGCUUGGUUUGAUCUCUCACUCUGACAUGCUCCAACAAUUUCCUAGUGCUGAAGAACUUGGAUCUGUAAUUAUCAGCUCAAAUUUAAAUUUGGAUUGGUGAGUAGGAUCAUUAGUAAUUUAAGGAGAUGCUUAUGCCUGGGAUGACGUUUCUUCUCAGUUCAUAAGAAAUGCGUUUCCUUUGGUCACUUGAUCCCAUAUUUUGAUCUGAUUAUUGAGGAAAGCUUUCAUUUCUGUUGUGGUUCACCGUACAACAGAACGUUGACACGACCAGGGGGGAAAUAUCAACUGUCACAGGCCGGGAUGGUUGGAAUUCUUCUCUCGCAAAAAAAUGGAAAGAGGGGGAAAAAGAACUCUAGAGAGGCAUGAUCCGUUUGAUGAUGGAUUGAAUCUAAAGUGUAUAGAGACGAUCUGUUUGUAAGAUUAUAUGUCGCCGUGUAGGCCUGAUCCAUGUGUUCUUCUGAUCUGGAGAGGGCAGAAUACUGAAUGUAUGGACCUGUAGAGUCUUAAUGUCUUGCAGAUGAUGCUCGAGUCC